AUGGCUCUGAAGUCGCAGCCUGGCCAGGGUCUUGUGAUAGCAGCAGUUGAGAGUUCUCAUGAGCUUGGAUUAGCUUGCCAUACCAUGUUGCCAAGGCAAUGCAUGCCGAAGCUGUCGUAUCUGGGCUAUGACCCCGGAACUGCAAGCAUUCUGGAGCCGUCGUUUGGAGCGCUUUGGCUCAGAGGCCGUCACCUGUUAUGGCGAGAUGCUAUCCACCUGCUGGUGCCUCAAUGCCUGGGUAAUUGUCUCAAGCCUUCCACUCAGCUGCUGCGAUUCCAGAUUGGAACAGAUGACAUCUCGACGCCGUGGCCUCGCAUUCACAGUGUCUUGGCUGACGAGAUGUUCUUCAACAAGCUCGUCAGCAUUGGUGCUCGCUCCAAGGAGUGGACGAUGUGCAGUUAUCUUCUGGAUCGUAUGGUAGAAGCGAACAUCUACCCUGAUGUUCGAGCGUGCAAUGCUGCCAUCUCUGCCCUGGGCAAAGAGUCCUGGGAUGAGGCGCUUCACAUGUUGGACAAGAUGAAAUCGUGGCAAACGGAUCCGGACAUUGCCACGACCUGA